AUGGGUAAGCCUGCUCUCAUUUUCGCUCCUGGUGCCUGGUACCCUCCCACCGCCUUUGACCCUAUCAUUGAGAAGCUUAGGCCCCAUGGCUAUACCUGUCAUACGGUUGCCUUCCCCUCGGUUCAGCAGAAACCCGCUGUUCAGGACCUCCAGCAGGAUAUUAAAGCCGUCCGAAGCCUUGUGGAAGCCGAGGCUGACUCAGGAAAGGAUGUAAUUGUCGUCUCCCACAGCUGGUCUGGUUUGCCCGUGAACAGCGCACUGGACGGCCUCAGUAAGGCUAGCCGUGAGAAAGAAGGCAAGGCUGGCGGUGUAGUUCAUCUGGCCUUCAUCUCUGCGUUUAUUCCAGAAAUAGGACAGAGUCUUAUUGGAGCUUUUGGGGGCACGCCCCCUGAUUGGUAUAUUCGUGAUGAGACAAAUGGUACCGUCUCAGCCCGCGAUCCAGUCCAUCUAUUCUUCCAUGAUGUCCCGGAUGCUGAGAAGUGGGCCGAAUCUCUGCGCCCUCAUGCCUGGGCUACGAAGAAUACUCCCGCCACUAGCGCUGCCUAUCUUGCUAUUCCUUCAUCCUAUCUUCUGUGUGAAGAUGAUCGUGCAAUCCCCCUGUUUGUGCAGGAGCUGAUGGUUGAGAAAGCGCGCAGCAACGGCGGGCACGUGGUCACCGACAAAGUCAAGACAUCGCAUACACCGUGGUUGGUAGUUCCAGACGUCGUCAUAGAGUAUUUGAGAAGGAAGGCUGGAGAAGCUUUGUGA